AUGGCCUCCGAUCCAGAACAACAGCCAUUAAGAGAUGGGAACAAAGCCCAUUCACAGGUUCACUAUAUUUCCAUUCCGAUUGAUAGAAACCCUGAUUAUGCUGCUGCUGCUGGUUCAUCAAGUCAAAUAGAAGAUAGCUCCUUUACGACAAGAAGGCAAUCUAUAUUAGAUCAGCCAAUUGGUUCGUUCAAAGGUGUCAACUCAUUAAGUAGAUUUGCUACCUCUAUUCGUAGAGCCACCUCCUUCAGAAAUAUCGAAUUAAAUACUGAUAAGAAGAGAUCAUAUUUCAAUGAAUUCGAUGAUGAAAUUUUCGACCCAGAAUCUAUGGCUCCUUCUCAUACAGGUAGAAAAUUAUCUGUUGCCUUGGGGCAACAACCAAAUAUUUCAAUGCGUCCUUCUAUUAUUAAUAUUAAUACAGAUACUGCCAUAGAUGAAUCUGUGGAUUAUGGGUCCAUAUAUUCAAACAAUUUCGAGAACCAAUCAUUAUUACGUUCUUCCAUAUCAAUGGCUGAAUUGGCGCAGAAUCUAACAAGAGAUGGAUAUGGAGGUAAUGUCAAUGCGAUUGCCGCUGAUACGGAAUCCAUUGUAUUGAAAAGAAUCGAAGGUAAAGAUGGUAAAGUUGUCACCCUAUUGGCAGGCCAAUCCACAGCACCACAAACAAUCUUCAAUUCUAUCAACGUCCUAAUCGGUAUAGGUCUCUUAGCAUUACCACUGGGUCUAAAUUACGCUGGGUGGGUACUUGGAAUCCUUUUAUUGUUCAUUUUUGCAUCUGCUACUUUCUGUACAGCUGAACUUUUAUCUAGAUGCCUAGAUACAGACCCAACUUUGAUGUCAUAUGCUGAUUUAGGCUAUGCAGCAUUCGGUACUAAAGGCCGUGCACUAAUUUCUACAUUAUUCACAGUCGAUUUGUUAGCAAUUGGUGUCUCUCUAAUUAUCCUGUUUGGAGAUUCUUUGCAUGCACUAUUCCCAGAUUAUUCAUUAAAUUUUUUCAAAAUUCUUGGGUUUUUUGUGGUGACCCCUCCUGUCUUCUUACCAUUGAGUGUAUUAUCGAAUAUCUCAUUAUUGGGAAUUUUAUCUACAAUAGGGACAGUAUCUCUAAUAACUUUCUGCGGCCUACUUAGAUCAACCACUCCAGGCUCAUUAUUACAUCCAAUGCCAACACAUUUAUGGCCAGCAGAUUUCAAAAGUUUUUGUCUGUCAAUCGGUCUAUUAAGUGCAUGUUGGGGUGGUCAUGCAGUUUUCCCCAAUUUAAAAACUGAUAUGAGACAUCCUCAUAAAUUUAAAGACUGUUUGAAAACUACUUACAAAAUUACAGCAGUCACUGAUAUUGGUACAGCAAUUGUAGGUUUCAUAAUGUUCGGAGAUCAAGUUAAAGAUGAAAUCACCAAAAAUGUUCUCCUAUCAGAUCAUUAUCCUACUUAUCUUUACGGACUAAUUUCUGCCUUAAUGACUGUUAUUCCUAUUGCUAAGACACCAUUGAACGCUAGACCAAUCAUUUCCGUAUUGGAUACGAUCUGCAACAUUCAAAAUGCUGAAAGUAAAUUCAGAGGGACAAAAUUAACCCUUGCAAAAUGUAUUAAGGUACUCAAUUGUAUUUUCGUUAAUAUUCUGUUUGUUGUAAUUGCUAUCCUGUUCCCACAGUUCGACAAAAUUAUAGCAUUUUUAGGUGCAGGCUUGGUUUUCACUAUUUGCUUAAUCUUGCCAUGUUUAUUCUAUUUGAGAAUUUGUAAAGACACAAUCAAGCCUUGGGAAAAACUUGCCUGUAAGGUAACGAUUUUUAUCAGCAUUAUUUGUUCCGCGCUAGGUAUUGGUGCUGCCAUACUAGCUUAA